GCCAGAUGUACACAGCGACUCAGUCACUGCUGUUUCUUGCCAGUUGGCGUGCUUUGAUCUCAGUUGCCUUAAGAGUUCUUCAAGCUUUUGAAAGAUUUGAAUUGUGUCUGCAAUGGAGAACAAGAGGAGGGGUAUCUUGGAGCGACUUAAUGCUGGGGAGGUGGUUGUGGGUGAUGGAGGUUAUGUGAUGCAGCUAGAGCGACGUGGCUAUGUGAAGGCUGGACACUGGACACCUGAGGCAGCUGUUGAACAUCCUGAAGCAGUGCGGCAGCUGCACAGGGAGUUCCUGAGAGCGGGAGCCAAUGUGCUUCAGACAUUCACCUUCUACUGCAGUGAGGAUAAACUGGAGAUCAGUGGCAAUGUCACCAACAUUACUGGGGCUCAGAUCAAUGAGGCAGCUUGUGACCUGGCCAGGGAGGUAGCCAAUGAGGGGGAUGCAUUGGUCGCUGGCGGUGUGUCUCAGACUCCCUGUUAUGUGACGAGCCACAGUGAGACUGAAGUCAAGGCCAUCUUUAAGAAGCAGAUGGACGACUUCCUCAAGAAGGACAUUGAUUUCUUUAUAGUAGAGUAUUUUGAGCACGUGGAAGAGGCAGUGUGGGCAGUGGAGGUGCUGAAGACCAGCGGUAAACCAGUGGGUGCAACACUGUGCAUCUCCCCUCAAGGAGACAUGCACGGAGUCCCACCUGGAGAGUGUGCUGUCAGACUGGUCAGAGCUGGAGCUGACAUUGUUGGAAUAAAUUGCCACUUGGACCCUCUAACAUGCGUUCGUACAGUGAAGUUGAUGAAAGCAGGAUUAGAGAAUGCUGGUCUCAAAGCUCAUCUCAUGAUCCAGCCACUGGGUUUUCACACGCCUGAGUGCAACCACACUGGAUAUCUCUCGCUACCUGAGUUCCCCUUCGCAUUGGAGACUAGGUCAAUGACCCGCUGGGACAUCCAUCAAUAUGCCAGAGAGGCUUACAAUGCUGGAAUUCGCUACAUUGGUGGCUGCUGUGGAUUUGAGCCCUACCAUAUCAGAGCUAUAGCAGAAGAGGUGGCUGCAGAGAGAGGAUUCCUCCCACCAGCUUCAGAGAAGCACGGACUGUGGGGAGCUGCCCUUGAGAUGCACACUAAACCCUGGGUCAGAGCCAGGUCUCGUCGAGACUACUGGGAAAACCUGUUGCCUGCUUCUGGACGUCCCAAAUGCCCUUCCAUGGCCACACCAGCAGAUGAAUAAGGAUCAUCAAUAGCAGGAAUAAAACAUAUUUACAACAAUCAAGUGUCUUUACUGCAAUAUUCUGUAUAAUAGAAUACGACUGUAUUCUUUAUGUUUAAAGAAAAUCUCUAAACUGUGUACUAUCACUGAAAUGAAUAUAUUUUACAUUAAAACAAAGCCUGUAUUCUCAUCAAUCACUGCAAUUAUUAGUUGUAAAACAUCCUCACAAGCUUAUCAUAUUUGUUGUUGAAUUGCUAAUGUACUGCUAGAUUUUUCAUGUUAAUUAUUAAAAAAAACUCCAAUAUUUCCAACAAUGUUGAUUUGUUUUAUAGGCCAGAGUCUCUUUUCUCUCACUCUGUGCCUCACACAUGGCUUAUAUCAUAAGUUACUCAUUACCAGCCUGUGACCUAACUAUAUAACACCGAAUCAAGUCAGGUAAGUGAGAAGAAACUUGCUUGACCUUUACCCUGAUUCAGCCAUAG